GUCCACUAUGGCCUGGACUCCUCUCCUCCUCCUGCUCCUCUCUCACUGCACAGGUUCCCUCUCCCAGCCUGUGCUGACUCAGCCGGCCUCCCUCUCAGCAUCUCCUGGAGCAUCAGUCAGACUCACCUGCACCUUGCGCAGUGGCAUCAGUGUUGGUGGCUACAAUAUACACUGGUACCAGCAGAAGCCAGGGAGUCCUCCCCGGUACCUACUGUACUACUACUCAGACUCAAAUAAGGGCCAGGGCUCUGGAGUCCCCAGUCGCUUCUCUGGAUCCAAAGAUGCUUCGGCCAAUGCAGGGAUUUUACUGAUCUCUGGGUUCCAGUCUGAGGAUGAGGCUGACUAUUACUGUACGACUUGGCACAACAAUGUAUCUCACAGUGACACACACAGAUGGGGAAUGAGAACCUCCAAAGACAUCUGCCAGGGUCCCCCACGGACUGGCAUUCAGUGCUUGGAGGACACAGUCCUCGGCAAGAUCCCUGGUCACAGUAUCCAGAUGAGUGUGACUGCAAAUCUGGGGAAGCAGAGGGAGAACAAAGAUUUACCAGAAAAUCCCUCUGAGAAUCCCUCCCCAGGCAUCCAAAGGGAAGAGCUCCCUUUCUCCUCAGCGCUGCAGGAUCCACAGAGGAAGUGGAGCUCUGGCCACCAGGACGGAGCCACAUGA